GAUUUGAACAAGCAGCCGGACAGCCUGUUGUCAGAGGAUGAGCCCCACCACACCCCAAAGCGGUGCCGCCACUCAGAACCCCAAAUAUCAGCUGUUCCUCAACAAACGACUACAAGGUCAACGGGUUGAGUGGCAGGGAUGCAGAUGGGCCAGUUGGAGGCGGCGGGACGGGGGGGGAGAACGGCCCUCGGUCCCGAUUCGAGAGCGACCGGCUGGGGCAGAACCAAUACCAAGGGUCCCUGGAGUCCCUGGCCUCGCGGGACUGGGACAACACGUCUGACAGGUAUGGAGUUGUUGACAGCCCUCCCAGGGUGUUCAACAGUCCGUACUCCACGACCGCCUCCAUGGAUUACAACCCCAUGCACCGGAUGUCUGAGUUCAAGGUUCCAGGGGGGAUUUCUCCUGCCACCUCAGAGAUGAACCUGUACGGUUUCAACAGUCGCAGCACCAGUCCUGUUGGCACGCCCACCCUCACCCGCCCCCGAUUCUCUGCUUACGAAACCCUGGCGAAGAGAAGAGCCGAGGUCAACAACCAUGUGAUGCCACAGAUGAAUCAGAUGAACCAGAUGCCACAGAUGAAUCAGAUGAAUCACAUGAAUCACAUGAAUCACAUGAAUCAGAUGGCUCCCGUCCACUACAGCAUGCGCUCUAACACUUUAGGAGGGCCCAAUAAAAAGGACUACAUUGAGGAGUUGACCAAACAGAUGGACGUCUGCCAGAAGCGUAACCAGUUCCUGGAGGCAGAGAGCGUGGCGAUGGAGAAGGAAAGGAACCAGAUAAGGUAUGAGAUGCGCGGCCUGCUGGUGAACAACGAGGACCUGCUGAGGACCAACACCCAGCUGACCAAUGAGAUGAAGAGGAUGAGAGAGCAGAUGAUAGAGAUGGAUAGAGAGCACCAAUCCCUGGGCGAGAGAUUCAGGGAGAUGGAGAUUGAGGUGAAGCAGGCCCGGGACGUGAUGGUGGAGGCCAACACUCAGGAGUAUGCCUUCAAUUUCCUCCAGCAGACCCUCAAAAACAAGAUCCAGGACGCUGAGGAAAACCUGGAGAAGCAGACGCAGCACGCCCAGUCUCUGUCUGAGAAGUUGUGGGUGACAGAGAGACAGCUGGAGGAGCUGGAGGUGGACAAAGAGACCAGAGACAAGAGGACAACCGAACUCAACAGCAACCUCUUCAGGAUGGAGACAGAGCUGGCAGAGGCCCUGCUGGUGUCCACACAGGCUUCAGUCGAGCUGAGCCUCCAUCAGAAGCUGCGUGUGGACGAGCAGCAGAGGGUGGAGGAGCUGGAGGAAGAGCUGCUGGAGAAGGAGCAGGAGCAGCAGAGACUGCAGAGCCUCGUGGGCCGCCUGCAGGGAGAGGUCUCUGGAAAGCUGAUUGAUAGGGAGCAGACUCUGGAGGAGGAGAUCCAGCUGAGAGAGAAGAUCCAGCUGCAGUGUAAGCAGGCAGAGAGGGCGGUGGAAGACCUGAAGAUGGAGCUGCAGACCACCAACCAGGCCAAAGACGACCUGGCCAAACAAGUCAAACAGUCCCAGGAGAAGAUGAUCGACCUGGAGACCGAUCUGGAGGAGCUGCACGACAGCGAGCAGAGGUGGGCGGCCAAACACAAGAGAGCCAUCGAACAGACUGAGCAGCUGCAGCUGAAGCUGAUUCAGGAGAAAGACCUCAACGACCUGUUGGAGAUGGAGAAGGGUUCCGCCGAGAGACAGCUGCGGGAGCUGCGUCUGGAGGUGGAGGAGCUCCAGAGCUCCAGGGUUCAGGAGGAUGUGGUCUCCAGAGCGGAGAGCCGAGUCAAGGAGAUGGAGAACACGCUGAGGAACGAGGAGAGGAACAAGUCUGUUCUGACCAACACCAUCAGCAAACUGGAGAGGAGGAUCAACGAGCUCAGCGACCAGAUGGAGGAGGAGCACAGGAUAGCUAAUGAGCAGAAAGACCUGAUGACCCAGAGGAUGCGCUCUCUGAAGCGGCAGCUGAACGAGGCGGAGGAGGAGGCGAGCCGGAGGGAGGGGCAGUACCGCCACACCCAGAGAGAGCUGCUGGAGGAGAGGGAGACAAGCAGCCGGCUGCAGAGGCAGGCGCUGGACCAAAGCCUGCAGAACAAACGUAAGGACACUCUGACCAUCCGUCAGACUCUGGAUAACCUGAGGCUGGACCUGAGCGUGGACGAUGAAGAGGAGAAUCAGCCACCGGAGGAACAAACAACAAACACUGUCACCAAAGUUUGAACCCUCCCACUUCACACAUUAACCAAUAACAGCACAUCUCUACACUGGCACUCAGGGUGCGGUGACAUUUUCUAAAGCUGCCGACACCACUUUCUCAUGAAAAUAGGAUGUGAUCAAACCCAAAAGUCCACCACGCUCUUUGCCUCUGACACUUUGAAAUAAUCACUGAUGUAUAUUCUAGAAAGUGAAAAUAUAAAAUGAUCUAAUAUGGUAACAAAUUAUAGAAAAUAAUAAGAGACAAAGUUAAACAGUGAGCCUGUUAAAUUGAAACAUUGCAUGCACUUUAUUAAGUGCAAUUGUACCAAAUUAACUGAAUGAAAUGUGAACAGUAUUCUCUCUAGAAUUAGUUACAAAUUAAUGUCUUUGGUCGCCCUCUUGUGGUUACUAUUAGGAAUUACAGCUAUCAAUUAAAAACCCUAAAAACAAAUGUCAGUCAAUACAGCUGUCAACAUUGAAGUCAAAUGUUUCGACAUGUUGAACCUAACAUUUCUAUUACAUAGAAUAUUAAAUAAAUUCAUGAUCUGCUUGUUUGCAUACGUGUACAGAUGCUUGGUGCGAAGAGAUGCUGACAUGCAUUAGGGAAAUAUUACUAGUGGCGUGAUGAGGAUUUGAUAAAUGUGCCUUUUUUUUAAAUUGUGUUCUUGUAGUUGCUGUUUAAUUGAGCUUCAAACAGCAUGAAGUACAUUGAAGUGUGAAUUUCUCGAUAUCAUCCAAUAGGCGUUUUGGCCUGAACGGACACUUUGGAAGGGGACUCCUUUAAAAACCUCUUUUUAAUUUCAUUCUGUAUAGAAAAAGCGAGUUUCAAUUGGAAAAGAAUCACUGGUUACCACGUAAAUUUGACAAUUUAGAGCUAAGCUAACGGUUCUUUCAUACGGAGGGAUGUUCUAUCAUUUAGUUUGACAUGUGUUUAUCUGCACAAUUAGAAAAUAUUCCAAACAAGUUGAAAUGCAGGAGAGGGAUCUUUGCAUGUGAUUAUAGCUGUUUGAUUCACCAACAAUUAUUUAUAUUGACCGUAUUUUUGUAUGUUUAUAAUGUUUUUAUGAUACCAAGAUUAUUGAAUAUUCUGUAUUUGCAAUUGCUUCUGGGGCAAACUUAAUUUUUAGUGAAUUUAAUGUAUGAUUUUAGUGCAGUUUAAGGUAUUUUAGGGGGGUUUGCUGCUGUAUUGAUGUAUCUUAAUGUGCCUCCUACAUACGCUUCUGUCCAGGUGAUAAGAUUAAGGGAUAAGAUAUUUUCUAUCAGCAAAGAAGAUGAUACAAAAAGGGGUUUUGUUUCACACUUGGCGUCUUUGUUAAAUGUGUUUUAUUCAAGUCACUCAGAGCAGACUCAAAUAAAAAAGGAAAGGAACUGAGACGUUUUAGCUCUCAGAAGUAAUGUCUACAGAGGGUUUGGAUCCAAGAUGUGUGUUAAUGCAAAGUGUGGAAGAAGAAUAGAUCACUCUGCUGUCUGUUUGGCAUGCUCUUAUUUUGAAAGGAAAUAACUUUUCAAAAGAAAACCACGUGUACGGACAGAGACAAACAUGGCUGGGUUGCGAAAUUCAAAUCAUCAGUAGGAAAUGAACUGGUUUCAAUCCAACAAUUAUGACAAGUACUUUAAUUUGAAAAUAACUCACUUCCUCUUUAGGAUUGAGUUAUUAAAUUGAACCCAGCCCUGUUCCUACAGUCCUCUGCUGGAACGAUGUGUAUGAUAAACACGAAAGGCUAAUAUUCAUAAGCUAAUAUUCAGAUACAGUUUGGAUUCUCUGUUAUGUUUACAUUUGUUGUUGAAACAGGAACACUAAUCACAUGAAAGAGUUUCCCAGCUGUUUGAAUGUGUGCUUCAGUGUUUCCAAUGUCUUUUCGUUUAACAUUCUCCAAACAAAAAGCGUCAGAUAUGUAAAAAUAAAUAGAUUUCAUUGACUUAUUUUUGUAACUUCACUUCACACUCUACUGGUUCUGCUGUUCUCGGGUAUUUAUUUUUCACAUUCUCUCUUUUGGUGAGAAGUUUCUUAUAACAAAAUGCAAAUAAACUCCUAUGCACUGUGA